AAGGAGCGCCGCAAUGAGAAGAUUCAGAUGAAGCGCAAGAUCCAGGCGCACGAGGAGAAGAAGGUCAAGAAGACGACCGAGAAGGUGGAGGAUGGAGCGCUCCCGCCGUACCUGAUGGACCGUGGUAUCCAAUCGAGCGCCAAGGUGCUCUCGAACAUGAUCAAACAGAAGCGCAAGGAGAAGGCAGGCAAAUGGGACGUCCCGAUACCGAAGGUGCGUGCACAGUCCGAUGCCGAGGUGUUUAAGGUGAUCCGGUCCGGCAAAACGAAGCGGAAAGCCUGGAAGCGUAUGGUCACGAAGGUGACAUUCGUCGGAGACAACUUUACCCGCAAACCGCCAAAGUACGAACGCUUCAUCCGGCCGAUGGCGCUGCGCUUCAACAAAGCGCACGUCACGCAUCCGGAGCUGAAGGCCACCUUCUACCUCCCGAUUAUCGGCGUGAAGAAGAAUCCUUCGUCGCCGAUGUACACCAGUCUGGGUGUGAUUACGAAGGGUACCGUGAUAGAAGUGAACAUCUCCGAGCUGGGUCUGGUGACACAGUCCGGCAAGGUGGUGUGGGGAAAGUACGCCCAGGUGACGAACAAUCCGGAAAACGACGGUUGUAUCAAUUCGGUACUGUUGGUUUAAGAAGGGGCAGCAGUGAUGGGGUGAAGAAGAGCAAGAAGAAGGGGAGGACAUGGAAUCAUUCCUGCGGCAAUGAUUGUGCAUGUAUCAGUAGUAGGUGUUAAGAUUUUCUCUUAAGAUCAGGGAUAAGUGGGAGUUUGCUUAGGCAGGCAGGAGAAAAAAAACAAAGAGAAAGGUUAAAUAAGAAAAGGCAUUGUUCCGCCGGAACUAUAGCGUGCAACUCUGAACGAUAUCCACUCAUUUUGAUGAACGUUGAGCGCGUGAUGAAGUUGGAGAAAGUCGGGGGGAAGGCUAUAAUCCACCUUUCGCUUCCUGCAGACGGUACCAAGAUGCAGAUCUUCGUCAAAACCCUCACGGGUAAGACCAUUACUCUUGAGGUCGAGCCAUCGGAUACGAUCGAGAAUGUGAAGGCGAAGAUCCAGGACAAGGAGGGCAUCCCGCCGGAUCAGCAGCGUCUGAUCUUCGCCGGUAAGCAGCUGGAGGACGGACGCACCCUGUCCGACUACAACAUCCAGAAGGAGUCGACCCUUCAUCUGGUGCUUCGCCUGCGCGGUGGCGCCAAGAAGCGCAAGAAGAAGAAUUACUCCACCCCGAAGAAGAUCAAGCACAAGAGGAAGAAGGUCAAACUCGCUGUCCUCAAGUACUACAAGGUCGACGAGAACGGCAAGAUCCACCGUCUCCGUCGCGAGUGCACCAGCGAAUCGUGCGGUGCUGGCGUGUUCAUGGCUGCCCACGAAGAUCGUCACUACUGCGGCAAGUGCCACCUGACGCUUGUCUACUCGAAGCAGGAGGAUAAGUAAAAAGGAGGGGAAGGGCGAGAAAAUGAGGCGCGGAGGAAACGUACGGCGCGACGGCGGUCGUAUCUGUCUUGCAAACCAACCAGCGGCGGGGGCGCUUUUCCACGCAGGUCCACUUUCCAAAUGUCUCUCUUCUACUCCGUGAAAACGCGGGCAGAAGCUGGCGGCACCAUAAACAACAACACUCCUGUUCGAUUCAGUGGCCUACCUUGGGUGGAAAAAUGAAUAAAGAAGAGCUGAUACGGCUAUCCGUGUACUGUAUGAAA